AUGGCUGCGGUGGGCAAGAAGCUUGCGCUCCGGACGAACCCUACGUCCCUGACGCCGAAGAAAUAUCUUGGAGACCCCGACGACCCUCAUUUCAUUCCUGACUCGCCCUUGAUUGAAAGACAGACUCUCACUGCACAAGAAGAGGGUGAGUUGAAAAGGAUAUGUGCUUUGGUGCUGGCCAAUGUACCACAUUCGGAUGACAUGUCGGACGAUCCUCUCAAAUACAUAGCAACCCAGAUCCAAGGAAGCAAUGCUCCACAGCAGAAGAAAGCGAAACAAGAGCAAAGGUCGGAACCUGACAAUGCUACCUCCGCUGUAGCACGUCAUGUCGCUGACUUACCCAACGACACCGCCACUCCUUCCGAGACCUCCAACCGCGAUACUUUAACUACCACUGAUUUCUCAACUCCCCUGACGAGCGCUGGCUUGACCCCUGGUGAAUCGGCUCGACGAUUUUCUGACGCCGCUCGAAAAUCAAUCACGAGCACCAAGAAACCUGGAAGCAGUCUCCGGAACGAAACCACUACGACAUCAAAAAGUCGAACUACGUCGAACGCUGGUGUACACAAGUCUCUCGAAGUGCAUAACCCUUCGGUCGAGGUCGAUACAAUCAAGCGUACACUGCGCCUGGUGGCUGGGGGGCCUUCAAGACCUGAGAGCAGCAGUACCAAAUCCAUGGAUAACCCUCGGCCUGUCAGAUUUUCAGCACCGGAUUUGAACAAGAGUCUCCCUCCACCUCCACCACCAGAGUCUCCUUCGUUCGAUGACCAAAAACAACUCCAUAUCAGCCGACUAAUGAAGACCAUCCGCAAGAAGAAGAGCAUGACCGCCGAGGGUAGAAACUUCUCAACCACGUCUGCUCCACCAUUACCUUCGACCGAAGAGGCGAAAGCAGCAUUUAACUCGAAACCUCAUAUCUCCGGAGCCCCUCCUUCACCACCGACCGGGAGCCAACAGCCGCCCAAGAGGAAAUUCCGCCUUCGUCUAUUUCAAAGAGAAAGGCCUCCAGACGUUCUUGUGUCUUAG